AUGCUGAGCAGUCCCAGCCCAUCUCGUCGUCGAGCGCAGCGACGACCGCUCCGUAAGUAUCGUCCUUGUCCCAGAUCUGUCCUCCUGAAUUUGUUGUCCAGUCAAGUCCGCUCUCGAAUCACUGUCUGCAAGCGCCUCAAGCUAAAAUGCGACAGAAGGAAUCCUUGUGGGAGCUGUACCAAACGCGACACUGUCGCCAGAUGCAUAUAUUCACCUGCCGCUGCUGAGAAAGUAGACUUGCAUUCCCUAAAUAACCGACUUAUUCAGGUGGAAUCGCUAUUGGCACAGUUGACCUCGGGCCAGUUCAAUUCCUCAUUUCCA